AGCAAACCAAGUCCAUAACGAGUCCGUCAAUGUAAACGAUGUUGGGUACACUGGAUUUGCCUCGAUGUCCAGUCAGCGUAAAGCAGUGGUCAUCAACGCCACCGAAGACGUGUACCUGUAUGUGUUCUUCACUGACGCCACCGGUGUCAACGACGUUGGAGGUUACAUGGCCAUCCCCACCGGCGUUCUCACAUCCAGUUACAUUGCAGUUACUUACAACAGGAACGACGUCAGUCCAUACAACAACUUCAUUCUGGUGGCAGCUGUUGAAGACAACACCACAGUAACGAUGAACGUCAAGCGUGGUGAUAUGUGUCUGUCUGCGAAUACAUCGGACGGAGACGUCGUCGUCAUCACCCUCAACAGAAACAACGUAUUCGGAUUCAUGUGCAGAGAUGACGUUACAGGUACCGUUAUCAUUAGUGACAAAAAGGUGGUUGUAGUGUCUGGACAUGAAUGUGCUAUGGUACCCGGGGCAGCGAGCAAGUGCAAUUUUCUUGUUGAAAUGAUGAUUCCUGUUGAAUGUUUUGGGGAACAGUUUGUCUUCUCUCCCCCCAACAUAGUCGGUGGUGCCAUCUACAGAAUCGUCUCGGCGUACGACAACACGGUGAUCACAGACAGCUCUGGUUUUACAUCAACCCUAAACGUAGGGGACUUUGAAGACGUUGAUCUCAGUACUGCUUCAAAAGCACGUUGUAUAGAGACAUCUCAACCUUGUGUCGUGGUUGUCAUCAACGUUGUUACCUUAACCAACAUCGCCAGCGACAUGGCAAUCGUUCCUUCAUUUGACAGGUAUUUGAACAACUACACCAUCGACAUCCUCAACUUCGUGGACGCCUUCAACGGGAUGUACAUGUCGGUCGUUGAUGCCAUAACGUCCACCGUCACUGUCAGCGGUUGUAAUGCCCAGCUGAUGACGUUUAAGGUGGAAAUACGGACCCAAACUGACUUCGUCAACAUUUCCAUACCAAAGGGAGUUAUAGUGUAUGGUCAGUCCCUUGAUGAAAAUGAUAUGGCUAGUUUCCCCCUUGGAAUGAUCUUUGAUAAAGAUGAGUGCGCCAGUACCCCCUGCUACAACAACGCAACCUGCGAUGACCUUGUCUACAAUUACGCAUGCAUCUGCCAGCCCGGAUUUAACGGUUCUCUUUGUGAAAUAGACAUCGACGAGUGCUGGAACAGCCCUUGUCAGAAUAAUGCCACGUGUCAUGAUGACGUCAAUGGAUUUCACUGCGAGUGCCUCAUGGGCUUCAAUGGAACUCUCUGUGAAACAAACAUAGACGAGUGCUGGAACAGCCCUUGUCAGAAUAAUGCCACGUGUCAUGAUGGUGUCAAUGGAUUUCACUGCGAGUGCCUCAUGGGCUUCAAUGGAACUCUCUGUGAAACAAACAUAGAUGAAUGUGUAAGUUCUCCAUGUCAAAACAACGCCACCUGCAGGGACGACGUCAACGGACUUAUCUGCGACUGCCAGGUUGGUUUUGCCGGAGAUAUGUGCCAAGAAGACGUGGACGAGUGUCUAAGCGGACCGUGUAGAAACAACGCCACCUGCCUCGACAUGGUCAACGGUUACGUAUGCCUCUGCUCACAAGGCUUCAGCGGAGGUCGUUGUGAAACAGACAUCGACGAGUGCCUGACAACUACCUGUGAGAAUGGCGGGACAUGUGAGGAUCUACCUGGAUACUUUCUGUGUCACUGUGAAGCAGAUUUCCACGGAGUUACAUGCGAAAACAACGGCUACAAAUACGUCUUCACUCGUCUCAUCGACGUCGACAACACUCUGCUGACAUCAUCGGGGGUAACAAUAGUUGCAACACAACUUGCUACCGGUAUCCGGUUCGAGACCACAUACUCCACCGCGCUAGUUAUGUCAUCCAUUUCGGGUGCAGACCCGGAAACAGACUGUGUAUGUACCCGCUACAGCAACGGUACCGAGGAGGCGGUUGACGAAGAAGUUCUGAUGAGCAAGAUCAAGAACGAACUUCUACUGGACACGUCCAUCUUGACCAAGACGGUCAACAAGUAUGUCUCAAAUGAGGAUGACCGUCCUUCGGCCAAAGGUCUGGGGAGUGUGGGAUGUGUGAUCAUUGUCUUCACCAUCUUACUGAUUGUCGCGCCUGAUGUUCUCUAUGUGUUGAGGAAACUGGAUGACAGCAGGAAAAAACGAAGGAGGGCUUUAACCUAACACACGUCACGCAGACAAGUUUCUCAAUGUCCACGUGUGAGUUCUCUGAAUGAUGCCCUCUCACACUUUAAUCACACGAAAACUGCAUACACAAAUGACACUGCCAGAAAUGUCUAUGCGCGGUCUGCCUACUUCAUCUCCAUCCAUAUACACAACACAUGUCAAAUGACAUUGCCGGGCAAAAAGAAAGUUUACACCUGAAAAUUAGAUUUGACCAAAAAAUAACAUUCAAACGUCAUUAAAACGUUACGUGACUGAAAACCGUCGCCCAAAAUGUUAUCUGGUAAAAACUCAUCCCUAUGAAAGACUAUAAAAUCGCUACAGCUCUCUUUUUGUUUUUAAUUUUCCGGGAAUCGAAUACCAUUUGAUCACUUUUAAACAUGUAUGUCACUUCUUUUGCUCGACAGUUUAGUUUGAUAUACAGAUUAUUGAUAGUCACACUUUUAUCUCCAAGGUUUGUUGAACUGUAUAUUUGUAUUUGUGUUUAAAUGUCACCAGAACGGAAGGCACAAUUUGAAUGAGUAAUUAUAAACGUUCAGAAAUAGUGUGGGAUUUCAGUUCCGAAAUAAUCGCACUGUGGUAAGUACGUUCGUGAUAACCCUUUACGUCUAUGUUACGUCAAUGUAUAUCGAUUAUAUCAGUAACUGCCAAAUAGCCCAUCUGUUUACUAAAACAAUUCAGCGAACGAAUGUUGAAAAACAGGAAUUAAACCGCCUCAAAAUGACACGGUUCCAUUGUGUUUUUGAAAAACGGUUUCAUGCUCAUAUCUGGUUUAGCAGCAAUAGUUGAAGACAUACGAAGGCUCCAUACAAAAUUUCAGCAACUCCAGUACAGAGUUUGUCCCAGGUGUUCAAGGAGGGUCGGUACUUUUAAGGUACGAUCGAACACCAAGAGUUGAUGAAACCUAAAGGCACAUAUCGUACUAUUCAUGGUCAUCGAAUUACAUUUGAUUCUGUAAUAUAUGCGUCCUCAUCACUGAGCAUGAUCAUAUUACUCUUUCAUCGCGAGUGAGUAGCAUUGAUAACAAUAAGUUGUAUGUACCCAUGCUUCAUCGUUUUCCACCUUGUUCAGAUCACUAGCACAACCAUGUUGUUAUUGCAGUAUAUUUCAAAACUACUCUUUUCUUUUAUUCUAUUUUCAUCAGAUUCGUUAUUCGCACCUUAUUGAAAGUGCAAUGCCAAAUUAUAUAAGGUAAGGUAUUCCUUCACUGACCAUUAAUCAUUAAUGGGUCACGCCUCUUCAUCGUAUUGAUGUUGUCAGAAGAUGAUUGAACCUGCUCGUUUGAUAUGUCAAUGUAAAUAAAUUCUGUUGAGAAUU